AAUCUUCAUUUAGCUCUUUCAUCCAAAUGGGCAACCAAACGACAGCAACCAAAACCGGGAUGGCUUAUGAAGCGAGGUGAGCAUAUCAAAAAUUGGCGACGUCGUUACUUCAUACUACGCGAAGAUGGGACAUUUUAUGGUUAUAAAAGUCAACCCAAGGAUGACAUGACUCAACCUUUGAACAACUUCACUGUCCGUGACUGUCAAAUCAUCUGCCUCAACAAACCAAAGCCAUUCACUUUUCUCAUUCGCGGCCUUCAAUGGACAAAUGUUGUCGAGCGUCUGUUUUUCGUUGAAGCGGAAUCAGAACGGUCGGAUUGGGUCACUGCCAUUCAGACCAUUGCUAAUCGACUUCGGCGGUCUUAUUCCCACUUAACCAGCGGUCACGGAAGAUCAGCUACGGUUGUCAAGGGGGUGAUGGGUUCUCCUGGCAAACGAUCUCUCUAA